GAGAGGCGAACCCUAGAUCCCCAAAUCCGCGCCGCAACAAACCCUAGGUCCCAAAUCCGAUCCGCGCCCACGCCUUGCGCCGCCUGGCUGGUAUGGCCCCCUCCGCCGGCGAUUCCGCCGCCGCCGCCACCGUUCCGCGGUACCCUGCUUGGGUUCUCCUCGAAAAGAAGGGGUACGACGACGACCGCGAGGACGCCACCAGCGCUUCGUGCAAGACAACCACCGGUCGCGACGUCCGGGUGGCCUUCUACCUCGUGCCUCUGCCGGAGAUCUCCUACUUCCACGUCCACCUCUCCAAGCUCGAGGGCGAGGACGACUUCGACUUCAUGCCCCUGUUUCUCUUCUCGGCCAAGGGCCUCUUCCUCUUCCGUAUCCUCUUCGUCACCCGAAGCGACGGAAGCAAUCUCGUCGAGUACUUCAUCUACAAGGCCGGGCGCGGCGGCGGCCCGUCGCUCGAACCCAUCCCGCCAACUCCUCUGGGCAGCAGCAGGGAUUCGGUAUCCGUGGGCAUCGUCCCCUGCCCCGACGACGCCGAGGGCAGCUACGUCCUCGCCGAUCUCUCCGUUGGGAGUGAAAUUGGGCACACGACCUCCACCUUUACUCUUCCAAGACUUGCAAAUGGAGCACCACGCCGUUGCAGCCGCCGGCAUCUCCUACGGUCUGGGGAGAUGAUGACCUGCCCUGUCAAUUCCACAAGGUUCUCCCGCUUGGAGCAGAUGAGCUAGGCUGGGUGGACCUCUGGCGCGGCAUUGUCACCUGCAAGGUGCUUGAUAGUGACCCACUUCUCCGGCUCAUCCCUCUCCCCAAACCUGAAAUUAGCAAUCCCCUUCUACUUGCAGGGGACGUGGGGUUGCUCCGGGAUGUCACCUACUGCAGUGGGAUCUUUAAGUUCGUUGAGAUCGAUCAUUUCUGCAUACCGGCUAUUGCUCGUGAUGAAACUUCUGAUAUCAUCUCCAAGACGAUGAAGGAUUUCGACAGCAACGAUAUCAUAUAUGAUUCAGAGCUCAUCUAUCCUGUUGUAAAGCAAGUGGAACCUAUUAUUGUCCCUGAUGGUUGGAAGAUCCACUCAUAUUUUAGGUUUCCUUCACGGGACUAUUGGCUCAGGGCCCAUGCUGUCCAUGUUGAUGACAUCUCCGAGUAUGACCCAAAGUAUUCUAUGGUGUCGUCUCAGUGACUUGCUUUUGCUGAAAAGUCGACAUUGAGGAACCUGAAACCAUAUGACCCGACCUUUGGCAUUCAUGGUGACACUACUGUCUACCUUAUAGCGAAGGUGAAACCUGAAGAUCACAAGUCAUGGAUUGUUGGUGUCGACAUUGAAAAGAAGACGUUGAGACUAAUUCAACCAUAUACUUACUCGGAAGGUGGCUACGCUCUACCAGCCGUACUCCCCUCUACAUUCUCCUAUUAUCUGAAUACACAACUCCAGGUUGUUUUCCAUCCACAGAGACAAACUACUCUGAGAAUGCCCUCAAUGAUGCAACAGCAAGUGACCUGCUUCCUUCCUCAUUACGAAUAAUUUUACGACCUAACUUUUUAUUUUUAUGUUCAUAGAUCCAUGGUGAUUCCUCUGUGCCUGAUAUGCGUUACGGUCCAUUGUCAUGCGCUGGUGAAGCCACAUCUGCACCAAGUGGAACAUUGAAUUUCGAGGAAACCAAUCAGGUACUGAGUUCGGAUGAAUGCAGUAAUAGAGGGCAGACCGUUAUACUACAGUCCCUUCAUGCCAUUGUGGUCUCAUCAGGAUCAGAAUCAGGCUAUUUUGACCCAACGAAGAAACCAGUGGUGAAGACUAGAGAAGACGGCAAACAAUGGCUCUCCUUGCCGCUGGGUCGCCACUUCUCAAACCCUUCGGAGCCAGAGCUGAAGCUGCUCAAGUCACUGAUGUCCCACCAGCCAAUGGUCCCAGCCUCGCUGAAGCAUUGGGGUUCGGACAACAUUUAUCAGUUUCCGAACAUCCCCAUCUUUUCUGAGGUGCUGCCGCUUGUAACUGUCCUUGACUGUGGCCUACGCAAUCUAGCACAACUCCGCCAGUGAUUUACAAGGCUCUGAUAACUCAGAUGCCAAAAGAAGUCUCACAUGUUAAUUCUUGGUUUUCCUUUGUUAUGUGUUGAAUUAUCUUAGACUAAGUUAGUAAUUUUUUAUCAGUGAAUUAUUAGUUUGGUUGUGGAGAAGUACAGCUUGAUUUGCUUGCAGCCGUGGUGGAGUAAAUUGCAAGAAACCACCACUUCGAGGGCUAGGUUAUCAGAAAACACUACGUUACUAUGUUUGUUUGCAGUUGGUCUGUUAUUUCUGGUUUGUCCAACUGCUGCAACUUGCUAUGUUUUGCAGUUGUUGCUGUUAGCAUGAA